CCAACUCCGAAUGACGGCCGCAGGCUAAACCCGCAUGGGAAAUUUACCCCUCCGUUUUCCUGACUCGAAGCGCACCCCCGCGAUCGUUUUUCGAUCUUGCUAAUUGAACAGCAUCCAUUUGGAUUAAUAAAUCUCGCUAGUUCACACAAUGGCAGAAGACAGCGCUGCGCCUAGCCACGAGCAGGACAUCAACCCCUGGUCCGUCGAGGGUGCCCGCACGGAGACCGGAGAGGUUGCCGCAAUCGACUAUGAGUCGCUCUCCAAGAAAUGGAAUACCUCGCUCAUCGACAAGGAGCUUCUCGAGCGUUUUGAAAGAGUGACCGGCCACAAGCCGCAUCGCUGGCUGCGGCGCGGCCUGUUCUUCAGCCACCGUGACUUCGACAAGAUUCUGACCAAGUACGAACACGGCGAACCGUUCUUCCUAUAUACUGGACGAGGUCCGAGUACCGGUAGCCUGCACUUGGGACACACGAUCCCGCUGCAGUUCACAAAGUGGUUGCAAGAUGUGUUCGACGUUCCGUUGGUUUUCAUGCUUACGGACGACGAGAAGGCGCUGUUCAAUGAUCAGGCGACCUUUGAAGAUACCCUGCAUUUCGCGAUGGAAAACGCCCGGGAUAUUAUUGCGCUUGGGUUUGAUGUCAAGAAGACUUUCCUUUACAGCGACUUGAAGUACCUGGGCAACCACUUCCUGAUGAACGCCUGGGAGUUCUCCCGUCUCAUCACCUUCAACCAGGUUCGCGGUGCAUUUGGCUUCAACGAAAGCUCCAACAUCGGAAAGAUCUUCUUCCCGUCUGUCCAGUGCGUCGCCGCAUUUGCAACUUCGUACCCCGAAAUCUGGACAGAUGAGCCGCUCCCUGUUCGCUCGCAGAAGAUCGCAGAUAUUGCCUGUUUGAUUCCCAUGGGCAUUGACCAGGACCCAUACUUCCGUCUUCUCCGUGAUAACGCCCACCGGAUGCGUUACCCCUCCCCCAAGCCCGCCCUGAUCCACUCGAAGUUCCUCACUGCCUUGCAGGGAGCUGGUGGCAAGAUGUCGUCUUCCAAUCCAAACUCGGCCAUUUUCAUGACCGAUACGCCGAAGCAGAUUAAGACGAAAAUCAACAAGUAUGCGUUCAGCGGUGGCCAAGUUAGCAUCGAAGACCACCGCCGUCUUGGAGGUAACCCGGAUGUCGAUGUUUCGUACAUCUAUCUGACAUAUUUCGAAGAAGAUGAUGAAAAACUAGAAAAGAUCUACAAUGAUUACAAGAAGGGUGACCUACUCACCGGAGAACUGAAGAAGCUGGCUAUCGAUGUUCUCACGGAGACUGUGCAGCAGUUCCAGGAAAGGAGAAAACAGGUCACGGACGAGGUUUUAGAACAAUACAUGAAGCCGCGAAAACUGGAGUGGCGAGGAAACCCCAACCCUGUCCCGAAGCCCCCUUCCGAGGAGAAACCUGAGGAAAAGGGGAAGGGCAAGGGAAAGAGCAAGGACAAGAAGUUGGUGGUUUUGUAGACAUAAAAAGCAUUGCAGCGGCAGGUAGCAGAGUAUGAGGAAAUGAGGUCUUCAUUUUGAAAUGUAUUGUCCUGGUUGGAGAUAUAUACCCUACCACUGAUUGCUAGACUUUGGCUGGUGGUAUCACACCACGUGCCCCAUCAUGCCCUUAUCAGGGAUUCCCGUCACUGCAGCCAUGAUUUAAAGGGCAUUACACACAAAGCACGCAAUUCUUCUUGAGUUUGAGACUUAGUUGCCAGUUCUACACCCCUCUUUGAAGGACUAUAUCAUGUCUUGAAGGAAAAUCGCGCAUAACAUCGCUCGCCCAGCCUCCCUUAUAUCUAUCCUUUCAUCCUAGAAGAUGUCUUUGUUCUAUAUACUUAUUAUAACAUGUAGAUUCAUUAAAAGUUCUAGCAACAAGUUAAGAUCCCC